GGGAGAGAUAGACGGCGAAUAGCAGCACAUUCAGGGAGUCAUAUUAAUCGACACAAAGCCGGCGAGUGGAUCACGACCCACGCGGGACAUUUUCAGCCCAGACUGAAGUUGUAAUAGGAAGAAAGACCAGAAUCGGGACGAGAAACGGCACAUAGAGGCGCGGACGUGCGAUUUAUUAAAGAAUAAAAGAGGAUUCUUCCGUUUAACUAAACGAAUGCGCCAUUUCACAUAGAUCUGUUCAACAGAGACUGGGAUAAAACAUUGAGCUGAGACGGAUCUGAUGAAUGAUCAAAAUCUAUCGGGGGUGCUUGAAAAAAAAGUUUAUUCUCCAACAGAAAUCCCAGCCUAUACUACCACGUCACAAGGAGUUCUGCCAAGUCAACAAAUUUACGUUGUCUAAAAUCUGAGAGAACUGAAAGCAAGCUAAACAAAAAAAGAAGACUAUCCCUUUUCUGGGACUAAAAUAAAACUUGGAACACACUUAUCCAAUGACGGUUGUUUUUGUUGCCUUCCAUCUUUUUCUUAUCUUUUUGACCAGUCUGGACACUUGAAAGGAAGACUGGAUAGAGUAGGAGGAAAAGAGCAUCGAAUUUCCUCUUUGGAGGAAAAAACAGAACCUCAUACGUCAUUGUACAUACUGGGAAUUAAGUGUGUUUUUGAAGUUUUAAUCAGAAACAAAUAUUCUUCAGUAUUAAAACAUUAAUUUUCAAUGUCCACUAAGUGCCAGUUAUACAAACUGGCCUCAAUAGGACCACAAUGGAAAGCUUAAAUCUUCCUACCCAAAACAACAGUGCCAGCUUGGACACAUUAGAAACGUUCUCAAACUACAGCGAGAGUUUACCAUCACCUCAAAUCGCCAGCCCUCCUCGUCAAGGUCGACUAAUAAAACCAAAACCCAACACCACCUGUCGACGGAAGCGGGAGUUCAUCUCGGAUGAGAAAAAAGAUGCAUCCUACUGGGAAAAACGACGCAAGAAUAACGAGGCUGCAAAGAGGUCAAGGGAGAAACGGCGGCUCAACGAUAUGGUGCUGGAGAACAGGGUAAUAGCACUGAAUGAGGAAAACGUGCGGCUGAAGACAGAGCUCCUGCAAUUGAAAUUGAGAUUUGGACUCAUAAGCUCUGCCUCUUACAUGGAAAAGACCCAGCAGAUCAGCAGUGGUUCAGAGGCAGCGACUAAUGGAGCUAAUGGUACAGGAGCAACUUCUGGAAAUCCAUAUUACUCAAGCAGUGGAUACUCUAGUGCUUCUCAGGUCAUGAUGAACUCUGAUUCCUCAGAGGCUGAGCAGCCGACCAGGAGCGAACGCCACACAACGUUACCCAAGUACUCCCCCCGUGGAUCACUCUCUGACAUGUCUGAUGGAUCUUCACGGGACAGUCCUGAACCUAUAAACUUUGACAUCAAACAUGAGAGCUCUGGAAUGGACAUUAACAGGCUUGAGGCAAGUGUUCUUAAUGGCAUGUUCAAUAGCCAUCAAAGUCUCGGACGACUGGAGACUCACCAACCUCAAGAAAUGGAGCAAGAAGGCGUCAACAACCCAGCCCCUCCAUCUGCCACGCCCCAAAGAAGUGUCAUCCUCUUUCGUUCUGGUAGCAGCUCCUACCCUGUUGAGAGCCAAAGGGUUGAGGACAUGGAGCAGCAGGUGGCAUCCCAAACACAACAGAAUGGGCAAAUCACUCAUUUUACAGGGUGCAGUCUACCAAUAAGACCUGAUGGUCUAGAGACUCUUUCAGAGGUGGCACAGCAGCUGGCCAGGAGGUCUUUGGAUUCACCAAACUAUGAAUUCACUAACGGCAAGGCAGAUGCCGGGGAGAGCAGACGGUUUGUCAUACAGCAACAAGACCUGAGUUUUCAAGGACAAUGCAGAAGUCAGGUUCAAGACAGCACCCCAAAUUCUUUUGCCCCAGAUUUGCUCAAUGAGGCCAGAAAAGCCCUUGUAUGCCAGGGGUCCAAUCCCUACCUCGGCACUCUGAACGAGGAGCCACCAGAGCUAACGUAUGAAGGUUGCCCGAGAGCAGAUGGCUACUACCAAGAGCACUCCUCCUCAGGCAAGGACAGCUCCUCUAGCGACGGAGACCCACGGAGCUCAGAUAAAGAAGCCUCCACUGACGAUGAAUCUCCCUCAUCCUCUUCCUCUGAUACUGGUGGAUUUCACGCCGUCCACCAGUCAGCAUCCUCACCCACCAUGGUCAUCAGUGAUUCUUACCAGUAUGGAGACAACCAAGGUGAAAUGAAAGGCACUGCUCUGCCACACAAGCUAAGGCUUAAGUAUAGAGCACUAUCCAAUGGUGGCUCCCAAGACGUUCCGGCUACAACAGCUGCUACGUCACCUGAUUCCGCUCUGCCUCAGCACCCCUACCUGGCACUAGCACAGGUUAACCAGCAGCAAGGCAGCAGCUGUGGAACCAAGGAAGGGGAGAGUGACACAGCAGAUGAACUUUGCACACAACAGUUUCCUUCCAGAGAGAAGGAAGAGGGAUGGAAGGAAAGCGGGAAGAGGAGCUCAGGAGGACGAGGUAGCAGAAACAAGAAACGUGACUGAAACUGGCACAUCACAUCCUUUAAUAGAGUUAAAACAGGACUUGAUAAAUGUCAUCUUUACCAUCCUAUAGAAAGAAAAAGGAAAAUGGUACCAAUUAAUUGCAUGAAAGUCUAUUGCUUAUACAUAACAACAACAAGAAAGUAACUCAUGUUCUUGGUCCGUUUUCUUAUCAAGAGCAAUUCUGUGACUUUUAAUGCAGCUCUGUUCUCUCACUCUCUUUCAGAAGCACUUAACUAUAACUUUAAAAAGUUACAAAGAGGAAAUUGAGCUCUUUUUAAUGAUCUUUUUCCUCUUUCAAAACAAACCUACAAAACUCUGUAUAGCAACCUUUGACUCCACCUUUGAAUAUUUACAUAUCUCUGCCAUGUUUCGUAGCUUAGCUAAUUUGAUGGGUAGUUCCUGAACCCAAGUAGUUUUCGCCACAAUUCACGGAGUUGAAGACACAAGUCCUUUUCUCCCUACUGAUUUCAGAAGGAAAAACCUCAACAGAUUUAUGCCUGUCUCUCUCCUCCUCUGCCUUUGGACUUAAGCAUUAUUGAAGCACUUGGAUUAUUAUAAUACUGUGACAUGACUAAACAUAUCAUAUUUCAGUAUAUUUUAUGAAAAAUGUCAACAUGUCAAUCUUUAAGAGUAGAAAAGUGGGAGAAAGACUACGAACACUGUCUACUUCUUACUGUUUGAAUUCCUGUAUAGUCUAUUCCUAAUGUUCAUGUCUGAUGCUUCCAUUAUAUUUUCUAAGUCCAUCGUAUUUAUGUCACUGUAUCAUUUGAGAGAUACCAGAAUGUUCUCUUCAUAGUGUUUUGGUCAUUCAUAGGUCAACGUUAACCAGUGAAAAUCACCUUUUGUCCAGUACAUUGCUAUACUGUAUCAAUGUAAAGGAGCCUGAUGGAUCGACCCUCUCCAAAGGUCACUGUGACCAGUCCUUUUUUUAAAAGUUGCAAUCUACCUGACAUUUGGCCAAAUUAGAGUAAAAGCCCUUUCAGAAAUGUCAAGGUGGUCUCUUCCAAGGCAGAGUUAAUAUGCGGACUGUACAAAGUGUAAAAUAUAUCAUUGCCAUCUCAAGAUGGUCGUGUCCUCUGUGAUCAGGUUUCAGAGACGCCUCACAUGCUACCUCAUGAGAAGAAACGGUUGAGGAGUUUCUCCUUUGGUGCGUGUAGCCCAUUGCAUCAUCAUACCCAUUAAAUGUUGCAUAUAAAAGUUAACAAAGUAAAAUGCUGCAGCACACAACUAAGUGUUACCUAGACACAAAUCCAGUCCCACUAGUUGUCUUUGUAGAAUUUACCACAGCUGAAAGCUGCUUCUGCACUGAAUUUUUUUCAUCAGAUUUUAUACAAUCUGUGUUUAUUGUUCCCAAACAGGUGCCUGGCACUGGCCAUUAUGUAAAAAGUGUACAGACAAAUUCUCUUUUGAGUAUUUUAAGUUUGUAUCAAGUUUAUUUUGGCAUUCUAUAAUAAUAAUUAUAAUUAUUAAUAUUGUAUUUUUAUUUUAUUUUAUAUUCCAAUGCUAUUAUUCUUUUUGGGUUGAUAUUUCUUGUGUCUGUUGUCUGUUCACCUCAAUGUGAUACAGUAUGUAUUUUCAUGUCCUGUUCAUCUAUUUCACCUCUGUACCCUGGUGUAUUGUGUGGUAUUUACUGAAGUUUUAUGAGAAAAAAAAAAAGUUUGUUAAAAGAGGCUGGCGUAAUUGUCAAGGUGCUCAGAAGGACACUAAAGGAGUGGAAAGAAAAAUAAACCAUGUUGUAUGUUGAAUUUAA